AUUUAUAUAAACAAAUUGGAAUACUGAAAUGAGACUGAAAUCUUAAGCAAUAAGGAUUGAAGAUUGAUUGCAAUGCCAUUCAAGGGACCUCUGGUGUGCUUGAAAUGCGAAGCGAACGAGUCCCCUUUAUGGACGAACGCCGAGAAUCUUGGAGCCAUCUGCCUAGAGUGCGUGAAAGAGACCAAGAGCAAUUUGAAAACCGACCUAGAGGACGAUGAAGAAGAACCCAAACCGACCAAAAAGAAGCCACCCAGAGCCACAAGGUCCUACAAAACCAGACUGAAUCCGUUCGCCCUGCCGAAAAUAUCUGCACCCAAGGGAAGAGGCAGACGAGCUCUAACAAAACGGACCCCCGUUAAAGCGCCUGCCUCUGUUGCCACGACUGUCACUAGUGAAUAUGUUUUCUAUAAGGGAAGUUAUAUGCAAGUAGGAGACAUUGUCUCUAUGAGAGAUUCUGAGGAAGAUACAUAUUAUGCACAGAUCAAGGCUCUGAUGACUGACCAGUAUUGUAACAAAAGUGCAGUUAUCACAUGGUUACUUCCCACUCAGGAGAGUCCACCUCCGAAUGAAGAAUUUGAUCCUGCUACAUACAUCAUAGGUCCAGAAGAAGACAUUUCAAGGAGUUUGGAUUGCAUGGAGUUCGUGAUGCAUGCUCCCUCAGAUUAUUACAAAUCCAGGACUACUCCUUAUCCUACAGUUAGUGCUCCUGCUGAUCCAGGUUACAUUUGGACUUCUCUGGAUACUCUGCAGCAAAGUUGUGCACCAAAAACUUGAUAUAAGGCACAGUUGGAGAACUAUGUGGCAUAUAUUUUAAAAAAAACUUGAUGUGAGAAACAGUUGGAGAACUAUGUGGAAUGUAUUAAACAGUCCACACAAUUUUCAUGUAUUUUUAGAGUUGAUAGAAUACAAUUUCAUUUUAUUCAAUCAAAAUCUUGAUCAAAAUAUUACUCCCAGUAGUCCCAGUCAAAAUCAAAU